UUAAACUCUGCACAGCGGCAUUGACAGCUGACGAGUUCAUGUUGCAUCACUUGUGCGCACAUUUAAUCGCGUUUCCCCCCCGCAGACUUGUGGAACUCAAACGAAUGUCGGGACACGAGAUGUUUUCUGUUGCGAAACUUGAAGGCACAUUUGUUUCUCCCAAAUAGAGGCACAGAGACGGUUUAUACUCUUCUAGAGAGACACAGACACGGAUGCGUUCAUCUGCAUUACGAGAAACUACGUGGGAAUUAAUCAAUAGGCUAUAUUUCACCGGAGCGCGCGAUGUCGGCUGUGUUCAUCCUGAUGUGCUCUUUCUCGGUUCUGCGCGUCUCGGUUGCGACGGAUUUACAGCACGCGCUAAACUGCAGCCGGGUUAAAGACGCGUUGACUUUAACGGGUUUAAGUGCUACCGACGUGCCCACCGAGGAAAAAUCAGGAGAGGAUUUGCACGUGUGCGCUUCACAGAGAACAUGCUGUAACACAGAAAUGGAGGAGAACUUCAUCCAGAGGAGCACACGAGACUUUGAGAAGCUCAUGGAGGACACGAGUGAAGACCUGAGGAACACCUUCAUGACCAGACAUAAAAGGUUUGAUGGAUUCUUCUUGGAGUUGCUGGAGAACACGGAGCGAUCUCUGAACGAGAUGUUCAUACGCACGUAUGGCAAACCGUACAUGCAGAACGCUGAGGUCUUCCAGGCUCUUUUCACAGAGCUGAAGCGAUACUACACAGGUGGCAACGUCAAUCUGGAGGAGAUGCUGAAUGACUUCUGGACGCAUCUUCUGGAACGCAUGUUUCAGCUCCUCAACUCCCAGUAUCUCAUUACUGAAGAAUAUCUGGAAUGUAUCAGCAAGUACAUGGAGCAGCUGAAGCCCUUUGGAGACGUUCCCAAGAAGCUCAAGUCUCAGGUUACGCGAGCGUUCAUCGCAGCACGCACCUUCGUCCAGGGACUUAUGGUCGGACGUGAAGUGGCUAACAGGGUGUCCAAGGUUUCCUUGAGCUCUGCAUGCAUCAGUGGCUUCACCAGAAUGCUCUUCUGCUCUUACUGUCAAGAGCUGUUCACGAUGAAGCCCUGUAAGAACUACUGUCUCAAUGUUCUGAAGCGCUGUCUCGCCAACCAGGCCGAUCUCGACCCAGAAUGGAGCAAAUACAUCGAUGCCAUGUUGCUGGUGACGGAGCGACUGGAGGGACCGUUCAACAUCGAGUCUGUCAUGGAGCCGAUAGAUGUGAAGAUAUCAGAGGCCAUCAUGAUAAUGCAGGAGAACAGCAUGCAGCUCUCCCAUCAAGUUUUCCAAGGUUGUGGACAACCAAAGCCUUCUGGAAUAAGCAGGGCAGCCCGCGGCGUCCCUGACACGUUCAAUGUCCGCUUUAGCCCGUACAACCCAGAGGAACUUCCGACCACCUCAGCUGGCACUCGCCUCGACCGCCUGGUGAGUGACAUGAAGGAGAAGCUGAGGCAGUUCAGGAAGUUCUGGUCGUCACUCCCAGAGUCCAUAUGUCAGGAGGAACAUGUGGCGGCGGCUGACGGCAUUGAGGACGACUGCUGGAACGGCAUUUCUAAGGGCAGAUACGUCCCUGAGGUUCUGAAAGAUGGACUGACCCAUCAGAUGAACAAUCCAGAGGUCGGGGUUGAUAUAACCAGACCGGACACUCUGAUUCGACAGCAGAUUAUGGCUUUAAGAGUGAUGACCAACAAACUGAAGAAUGCAUAUGAUGGAAAUGACAUCUACUUUCAGGAUUCAAAUGAAGAGAGCAGUGGUUCGGGCAGUGGCAGCGGUUGCACUGAGACUUGCGUCACAGAAUCAAACUCCAUCAUCACCGAAGCUCCGUUUCAGGAAGCAGAGAAGAGCGAUGAAGCGUCAUCUUCCGCUUCGACCAUCCGACCCACCAUACUGCUGCUCCUCACUGCUCUGGUCCUGAAAGACCAUUGGAGAUAGAGUCUGCUGAGCUUCAAGACUGAUGCUGUUUAUUAUGCUUUGUCCAACUGGACCACUGAACUAGGCGGUUCUUCUUGUUUCAAAGAUCCCUCAGCGGUCAAUGAGGGAUUUUUCUCUUUUCCGAAAUUUGCAGGAUUUCAUACCUUGAAGCAUUUCAUAAGUCGUGCUCCUGCAUAAUAUAUGAAGGAACAUUUGCACAGUUAGUCUUUAAUCUGCACAAGCAUCUAUGCAGUUUGGGGGAACGUUUCUAUGAAUAUGCAGUAGUUGAAUGAUUGUAAAAAAUAAGGACAGCAUUCCAUGGAAAGAAAUAUAGAUUUGUGGUAUUUUGAUGUAUAAUUUUGUUUUGUUUUGUACCGAACUAGAUCAGAUGGUAAUACGUAAUACUUGUAUGUUCAUCAUACAAUCAGUGUUUUUUUUUUUUGUUUGUUUUUUUUUGUCUUAACGCCCACAUAUUAGCAAAGUCUGUCAAUAUACAGUAUGUUGUCUAAAAGUGUUUAUAUAUAUAUAUAUAUAUAUAUACAUAUGUCCAUGUCAGUAUUUUGUUAGAUUUGUCAGUGGAGCACUGAGCUUUUGUCUUAGUGGACUGAUUUAUUACUCUGUAAUUAUGAGUACUAUGUGUGUUAUAAAAUAUUUUUAUAUUUAGAAAGUUUUAAUGCUGCCUAAUUGCUCAGUAAGUUCCUCUGUGCCGAUCUUGCUAGGCUUGUUUCUUUUUUGUGCACUCACUUCAAUGAGUAAAGAGUUUGUUUUUCAGUUGUAGUCUUAAUAGCAUGUACAUUUAAUUACAUUUUGAUUAUUUACUGUUUUUGCCCAGAUUUUUAUGAGAACUAUUAUUAAGAUGUGCAAUGAUAUAUAUUUUUUUCUUUGUUAAUUAAAGAUUUUUUUUUUUUUUUUUUUUUAAUAAUAAAUAAAGUCUGUAUAGCAAAAGGGAAAGCAAAGUUACAUUUACCAAUACAUAUAAAUACUAUUACGUUUGAACUCCCAUCUUCUCCUCUAAAAGAUCAACUUACAGAAUAAAAAAUUAUUUUAAAAGUUUAAUGAAUUCAUUUUAUGUUUGCGGAGCUUGUUUUGUCCUGUUGGUGGGUUUAACAAAAAAAGAAAAGCUUAGAGGAAUACUCCGGGUUCAGUACAAGUUAGGCUCAAUCGACAGCAUUUGUGGAAUAAUGUUGAUAAUUUCGACUCGUCCCUCCUUUUCUUUCAGCGGAAGUCAAUGGGGCCAAUCUGUGAACAUUAAAAUACUCACUGUU